AUGGAUACCCGAACCGAAGUCUCAGAUGUUACUGAGGCAUCAUCGAGGCCGCGAAUAGCGCAGCUUCCUGCGAGCUGUGAUCCUCCACAGCCCAACACCCCAGUGAAGCAGUUAGUCUGGGUGAUCUUUGGAGGUACGGGUCAGAUGGGGCACUCCCUGGUCAAAUGUGCACUUUCACAUGGAGAUUUGGUAACGUCGGUUGGUCGCGUAUUCGAGACAAGUCUUAAAGACAUGGAGAAUAUCCAUGAGAACUGUCUCGGCGCCUUGUGCGACGUCCGCGCUCGCGAAUCUGUGAAUCGUGUCAUCGAGCGUACGCUCCAGCGCUUUGGCCGGAUCGAUAUUGUCGUCAAUUGCUCUGGCUACGGUGUCAUAGGCGCCUGCGAGGACCAGGAUGAGCAUGACAUACGCAACCAGUUCGAGACCAACUUCAUGGGCACGCUUCACAUUAUUCACGCUACGCUGCCGUACUUCCGCCGGCAGAAUGCAGGUCGCUAUCUCAUCUUCAGCUCAACGUCUGGCGCUUUGGGCGUCCCUGGCCUGGGCCCCUACUGCGCGACCAAAUAUGCGGUGGAGGGCCUAAUUGAGGCCAUGCUCUAUGAGACGGAUGCCUUCAACAUCAAAGCUACACUCAUCGAGCCGGGUCAUGUGAGGCCGGAAGAACCAGAGAUGCAAGAUACGUCGCUUCCAACGUCCUGGGGUCAUUUUCUUGUGAAGCCACCGAGCGAGACAUACGGGCAUCCAACAUCACCAGCGCUACAUGCACGGAGGAUUGUUCAGUGGCUCGGUGACAAGUAUCGACCCACGAGCGCUAUCAAGUGCGCUGAACUCGUAUGGCAACUCGGACACUGCUCGUACCCGCCGCUACGAUUGUUAUUGGGAAGCUAUGCAAUUGAGAGCAUUCGCGAUCGCAUGCGGUCUGUGACAGAAGAGUUGGAGGAUUGGAAGCAUCUCAACUUUCCAGCCGGGCCGGACGACGACAGAGAAGCUGGAGAAGAGACAACAGCAGCAGCACCUGAAACCAACGAGGCUGCUGCGUCUGCUUCUUGA